AUGCGGUGCAGGCCACGGGCGGCGCCCGGCCAGCAGGGACAAAAAAUCCUGCCCAGCACGCGAGGCGGCCACGAGGCGGCCGCGGGGGGCGGCCCGCACGGCGCGGAGAGCGAGAGGCCCGCCGCGUCCCUGCUCGACGCCGCCGCCGCCCUGCGGACCAGCGCCUGCCUGCCAUGGGGGAGGGGCUCCACGCGGACGACCACCGCGGGCUCGGGCGAGGGCUUCCCCAGCAGCUGCAGCACCAGCACGGAGUACGCCUCGCCGACGAUCGGCGGGCUGGCGCUCGCCUCUCUGAGGGGUGAGGGCAUCUCCGAGAAGCUUCGCCAGUCGGGCGGCGACACGACGCCGCUGCCCCUGGCGCCAGAACGUGAGGACCCCUUCGCGGCCUCGCUGAUGGUGCGGCAGCGCUCGCUGGGGCACUGCGACUCCAUGCUGGACAUGGAGUCGGCGGGCCGAUCCGACGACUCGGACGCUGUGGCCGACGGCGGCGAGGAGGCUGGGUGGCGGACGCCGCCGCGGCGGACGGCGGACGCCGCGGCGGACGGCGGCGGCGCGGUGCAGCGCAAGCUAUCGUUCGCGAGGGGCAACCCGCCCCACUUCUGCGUGGCCGCGAGAGGCGUCCCGCAGGAGCGGCAGCGGACGCGGGCCGAUUCCGCGGCGGCGCCCCCCGCCGGCCGGCCGGGCGGCUGCUGCGACCUGGCCGGGAGCCCGCAGAAGAGCAGCUUGAGGAACCGAACUAAUGCCAUGGGGGCGUCCAUGCUGAACAUCGCGGCAUACGCCGAGCGGAGUGGCGCGGGCGCCGCGUCGGACGGCGAGGGCGAGGCCGGCGCGCCGAGGGACACGAGGGCUCCCCCGCCUGCCGGCGGGUCGCCCUGCCGACGGAUCAGGACCGGCAGGAGCAAUGCUAUGGGGGCAUCCAUGCUGAACAUCUCGGCGUACGCCGAGGAGAGCGGCGCAGGCGGCGCGUCGGAUGGCGAGGACGAGGACGGCGCGCAGAGGUCCACGCAGCCCGCUGCCGGGUGGGCGGGCCGAAGGAUCAGGACUGAGCAGGAGCAAUGCCAUGGGGGCAUCCAUGCUGAACAUCGCGGCGUACGCCGAGCAGCUCGGCGAGGGUGGUGAUUCGGAGGGCGAGGACGAGGCUGGCGCGGCAGGCGCUCCGAGAUGCAUGGGCAUCCCAGAGCUGACG